GUUAUAAUGGCAAUGGACACUUGUGAGCUGUGAGUUGAAAUCUGUACACCCCAUUUUUUCCACUUUCACUUAUAAAUUUAAGGUCUGCUCAGGGCUUCAGUUCUCUCUCAGAGACCCUGUGUGAAUGGAUUCUCUUCCUUCUCCAUUUCACUCUCAUUAAACCAUAGCUCCAAGGCCAGCCAGCUCAAACCAACUUUUUUUUUUCAUUUCUCAUCCUCGCCCUUUUCUAGUUGCAAGCUUUGGGUUUUUUUCUUCUUCUGAGUUUUGAAGUUGAAAAAGGCAGAAUCUUGUGCUGUUAAAACAUGGAAAGAAGCUCAUGUUCAAGGCUUUUAAUUGUAUUCUGCUUUGCUCUGUGUUUGGAGUGUCAAUUGGUUCAGUGCAGUGUUACCUAUGAUAGGAAAGCCAUUGUGAUUAAUGGACAGAGGAGGAUCCUCUUUUCUGGUUCAAUUCAUUAUCCCAGAAGCACUCCUGAGAUGUGGGAAGAUCUUAUACAGAAGGCUAAAGAUGGAGGAGUUGAUGUGAUUGAAACUUAUGUUUUUUGGAACGUUCAUGAGCCAUCUCCUGGAAAUUAUAAUUUUGAAGGAAGAUAUGACCUUGUGAGAUUCGUAAAAACAAUACAGAGAGCAGGUCUCUAUGCUCAUCUUCGCAUUGGGCCUUAUGUUUGUGCAGAGUGGAAUUUUGGAGGGUUUCCUGUAUGGUUAAAAUAUGUGCGAGGCAUCAGCUUCAGAACAGACAAUGAACCUUUCAAGAGAGCUAUGCAAGGGUUCACUGAGAAAAUUGUGGGACUGAUGAAGAGUCAUAACCUGUAUGAGUCCCAAGGUGGUCCCAUUAUUCUCUCUCAGAUUGAGAAUGAGUACGGGGCACAGAGUAAAUUACUAGGGGCUGUCGGCUACAAUUACGUUUCUUGGGCUGCAAAAAUGGCGAUAGAGACGGAAACUGGGGUGCCCUGGGUGAUGUGCAAGGAACAAGAUGCCCCAGACCCGGUGAUAAAUACAUGCAAUGGUUUCUACUGUGAUUCAUUCCAACCCAACAAACCCUACAAACCAACAAUGUGGACUGAAGCUUGGAGUGGAUGGUUCUCAGAGUUUGGCGGUCCACUUCACCAUCGGCCAGCCGAAGAUUUGGCAUUUGCUGUUGCUCGAUUCAUUCAAAAAGGAGGGUCCUUUGUUAACUAUUACAUGUAUCAUGGAGGGACCAAUUUCGGACGUACAGCUGGAGGUCCUUUCAUCACUACCAGUUAUGAUUAUGAUGCUCCAAUAGAUGAAUAUGGUUUGAUUAGACAACCAAAGUAUGGUCAUCUAAAGGAGCUCCACAGGGCUAUUAAGAUGUGCGAGCGAGCUUUAGUUUCAGAUUAUCCCAUUGUUACUUCACUUGGAGACCUCCAACAGGCUUAUAUGUAUACAUCGGAAUCUGGAGAUUGUGCAGCUUUCCUAUCAAACUAUGAUACCAAAUCCGCUGCAAGAGUGCUAUUUAACAACAUGCAUUAUAACUUGCCUCCUUGGUCUAUCAGCAUCCUUCCUGAUUGCAGGAAUGCAGUAUUCAAUACUGCUAAGGUUGGAGUUCAGACAUCACAAAUGCAGAUGCUACCGACAAAUUCUGAGACAUUCUCAUGGGAAAGUUAUGACGAAGAUCCUUCUUCAUUAGAUUACAGCUCAGCAAUUACUGCUGACGGGCUAUUAGAGCAAAUAAAUGUCACAAGGGAUGCAAGUGAUUACUUGUGGUACAUUACCAGUGUUGACAUUGGUUCAUCUGAAUCCUUCCUUCAUGGAGGGGAACUCCCCACUCUCAUUGUCCAAUCAACAGGCCAUGCUGUACACGUCUUUAUCAAUGGACAACUGUCGGGUUCUGCAUUUGGAACGAGGCAAAAUCGGAGAUUCACGUACACAGGGAAGGUCAAUCUGCGUGCUGGAACAAACAAAAUUGCACUGCUGAGUGUUGCUGUUGGAUUACCGAAUGUAGGUGGACACUAUGAGACAUGGAAUACAGGGAUCCUAGGUCCAGUAGCACUGCAUGGACUUGACCAAGGCAAAUGGGACCUGUCCAGGCAAAAAUGGACUUACCAGGUUGGUCUUAAAGGAGAGGCCAUGGAUCUGGUCUCACCAAAUGGAUUUUCCUCAGUUGAGUGGAUGGCGGCAUCAUUGGUUGCACAAAAACCAGAGCCAUUAAGAUGGCAUAAGGCUUAUUUUAAUGCACCUGAGGGUGAUGAGCCGUUAGCUUUGGACAUGGAGAGCAUGGGAAAAGGUCAAAUCUGGAUUAAUGGGCAGAGCAUAGGUAGAUAUUGGACAGCAUAUGCUCAUGGUGACUGCAAUGGUUGUAAUUAUGCUGGGACGUUUCGACCACCGAAGUGUCAGCUUGGUUGCGGCCAACCAACCCAAAGAUGGUACCAUGUUCCUCGGUCUUGGCUGAAACCUACACAGAAUCUGUUGGUUCUUUUUGAGGAGCUGGGAGGAGACCCCACAAGAAUCUCACUUGUAAAAAGAUCUGUCUCCAGCGUUUGUGCCGAUGUCACUGAGUAUCACCCGAAUAUUAAGAACUGGCAGAUUGAAAGCUAUGGAAAGGCACAACAGCUCCGCAGACCAAAAGUUCACUUGCGCUGUAGUCCUGGACAAUCCAUCUCUUUCAUUAAAUUCGCCAGUUUUGGAACUCCUUUGGGAACUUGUGGAAGUUACCAGCAAGGCCCUUGCCAUGCUCCUGCUUCAUAUGCCAUCGUGGAGAAGAAAUGUGUAGGGAAGCAAAGAUGUGUGGUCACCAUAGCCAACAGUAACUUCGGGCAAGAUCCAUGCCCGAACGUGUUGAAGCGGUUGUCUGUGGAAGCUGUUUGUGCUCCGAUAUCUUCAACAACAGCACAGCCAAACUGGGGAGGCUAAUAAGAUUGAAACACUCACAAAGGAACUCCAUAGCGCUUGCAUCUAGUAAUUUAACCAUACAGAAGCAAGCACCAAAGAAGAAAAUAAAAAAGAAGAGUGCAAAGAAUAGGCGUUUAGUUAGGGUUAGGUUGAGUGCCAUAGCAUUUCAAAAAUGGAGUGCUUUGGCAAAAGGUGUUCGCUGUUCAAUGCUAUAGGCAAUGAGUUAUUUUAAUUUUAUAAAAAAGAAAAAAGGUUAAGUGAGGUUAAUAGACUACUGUAAAUUAGUGAUCGAAAGAUAGGUGAGUUUCUAAAUUCUUAGGGUCCUUCAAUUUAGGCCCGAAGGGUGAAAUGUCUUGCAUGUGUCCCCGGACUUUUAACCGGAUACACGGGCACCAGAGAAACAGAGAUUUGUAUUUGGUGUGAUUUCAGUUUGUAUCAGUGGGGGGAAAUCGAAACCCUAUCAGGUUCAUGUUGGGAGCGGUUCCUAGUAUGGCCAUUGUUUUAUGUGCAGUUCCUGAAUCCAAAAGUCUUCUUUUUCAGUUGUAA